AUGCAAGUGCCGAACAGACCAGUCGGAGCUUACGGAUACUCUGUGCGUAAUUACGCACCAGCAUCGCUGUACCCGCAGUACCAGGGGAGCCAGUGCGCGUCAACGAAGCCUCCCAGUGGGAAAUCUUUCACUAUCGAUGCUUUGCUCGCCAAGCCGGAGGACACAAUCAGCUGCCGGACGAGUCCUACUCUGUGCGGGGAGAAAUAUCAACCAGCAGCGCCGGUUCUGCCUCUCACCGGACACGUAGGCUUACCGAUAUCAACAGCACCUUACGUCUACUCACCGGGCAUGUUGCACUCAGCGGUCCACACACAACCUGGAUAUUCAGUGUACUGCUGCCCUCCUUUCACCUACCAGUCAUCGUGCCCUGGAGCAUUUUACGCACAAGCCUCAAUGUCCAAAGUCAACGCAGGGCUGCAUUCGUUCAAAACCAAAGGUGGGAAGUCCAAACGAAUGCGCACCAGUUUCACCAGCGAGCAGCUCUCUCGGCUGGAGAAGGAGUUCGCACGGCAGCAGUACAUGGUCGGAUCAGAGAGGUUCCUCCUGGCCUCCGCUCUGCAGCUCACAGAAGCUCAGGUCAAAGUCUGGUUCCAGAACAGACGCAUCAAGUGGCGCAAACAGAGUCUGGAGCAGCAACAGGCCAAGCUGGCCAAACUGGGCCUGGCUGCCCCGCCGAAAAGUCCCGGCUCUCAAGGUCACGGAGAUGAAGGGGACGAGGAUGAGGAGUUCUCCGACCUGGACGUGGAUAUUGAUGUGUCUGAUGGCUCCACUGACCACUGCUAA